AUGGAGUCAGCUAGUAUACGAUUCGCCCAGGCGAACAUCGGCCACGUUCGCCUGGCCGGCUUGUUCUUUUGCGCACUCUACGUGGCGGUACGGUUAUCAUGUCUGAUAUGUGCAACUGAGACCAAUUACUGGAUGUGGAUGAUAUGGAUCUUUGAAACCCUCUGGACAUCUAGGAAUCAUGCGUUGCCUUCGGUAGACAUUCUGCUGCCAUGCUGUGGUGAACCAAUAGAUAUUAUUCACGAUACCAUACGCGCGGCGUGUGUCAUUGACUACCCUCAAUCUGCAUUCCGGAUUCUCGUCCUCGAUGAUGGAAAUUCUCUCGAGCUACGACAGUCGGUAGAAGAGUUGCGUCAUACCUGGCCAAACCUUCUUUACUAUAGCAGAGGAACUAGACCAAGUCAGAAAGUCUUUGCAAAAGCAGGAAACCUGAACUUUGGCCUAUUUGAUAUCCAGGGAGGAAUGGACAAGCCGCCCGAGUUCAUCGCCUCGUUCGAUUCGGACUUUCUGCCUGCUCCCAACUUUCUGCGAGCCACGCUUCCUCAUCUGUUGGGGGAUGAGAAUGUUGGACUGGUAGCUGCCAGGCAAGACUACUAUAACCUUCCCCCAGGGGACCCACUUGGUCAAAGCCUGGCAGUUUAUUGGGAGAUAUUUUUGCCCAGGAUGAACGAAAUGGGGACGAGUAUAGCAUCAACUACAGGAUGUGUUAUGCGCCGCGAUCUAGCCGUCAAAGUGGGCGGAUUCCCGACUAUAAACGAAGUGGAGGAUAUCACUCUAUCGAUGAUUUUGCCAGCGUAUGGGAAGCGCGUCGUAGCCGUCGAUGAAAUGCUGCAGCUUGGACGCGUGCCAUCCUCGUUGGAAGGUCAUGUCCGGCAGAACCGACGAUGGAUCACUGGCUUGACACAGAUGAUCGCAACUCCCUGGGCACCAUCCAGGCAGUCUAUCCCGAUUUCGUCGAGAUACUACAUGGCAUUAUUUGGUAUUCAGUGGCUUUGGUCACCUCUGAGUCAGUGUGUCGGUUGUGCAAUAAUCGCUCCUGCGUUAAUAUCACGCCAAGCGCUUGUGCCACCCCAUUUACUCCAGGUCCAGAUCCCAUUAUCCCUGGUAGCUUUCGGACUCGUUUUCCUGUACGAAUGGCUCAAGGCUGCAGCAACGGGGUUUCGAUUGUCUGCAUUUGCUCAUUUCUAUGAUCUGUGGUUAUGUGCAGCCGCCAAAGACCGACUGUAUACUCUCAUUCAAUAUCAUAUUCUCGGGUCACAGGCCGGUAGGUCCUUGGUGACUGGCAGUGCCGAGAACAACUGGAACAAUCCCACCAAGGUCCCCACGCGAGUGAGACAGUUGAAAAGGGAUCUACGGGAUUCCGGGGUCGGCUUCAACGUCCUUUUCGUGUUUGGUGUCCUCGCGGGAAUCUUCCAUUCGGUACUGGGCGCCAUCGAGAGAUAUCCCGACUGGCAUUUUCAUACGAUGACCACCUUGCUUCCCACUGUUAUGCGUGAUGUGGCCGCCUCAGUAUCCUCCUCGGAGAGCAGUCCUAGAAACUCAUCCGAGUGA